UAUGAUAAGAAUUGGAUGAUGAUGAUGAUGAUGAUGACGAUGAAAAGGAAGAUGAAGAUGAUCUUAGGAAAAGAUAUGAAUGCGACAACGAAAGAUGGGCAAUACCGUUAAUCGUGUACCAGAGUUUUCUUUCCCCUGUUAAUUUCAAUCUAUUUCCACAAUGAAUACCUGGAGGAAUGAAAUGAAAUGAAAUAAUAAUGAUAAUUAAUAUAUAUUCAAUGAUAAAAAUGUUUUCGUUGUUAUUUAACACCGAGUAGCUUAACUAUUUAUAUAAGAACCCAAACAAUUAGAUUUAACUGUUCAAAGUUAAUUAAGCUUUUACAAAACAAACUUAACCCUACCAACUUGUUGAUAUAUUAUUAAUUUCUCUCCUCAAUUGAAUUAUUCUUUAUUUUUAUUAUCCCUUUUCUUAUAAUUGUACUUUCAUAUUAAUAAUAUAUUUCGAAAAAAAAAAUUGAAACUUACUUUGUAAGAUUGAUUGAGAUACUUUUUUUUUGAGUGAAUAAACUUAUUGUUGACCAUUUGAUUUUAAAUUUGUUUCACUUUUCUUGUAAUUUCCGUAACUUUUUCUCCCUCUCGAUUUGAUUAAAUCGUAAUUAGAGUUAAACUCUUCGCUUGAUAUAGAAAAAGUCCAGGUAUCAAGUCCGCUGACAUUGAAGAUGAAAACACCAUCGAAAAAAACCUCAACGAUCAUCUAUCCUGUUAUUAGUGUUCCAAGUCAUCAUCCAGCUAAUGUUGUUCCCGCUAUAAGUGUAAUUGGUGGUCGAACAAUAUUUGGUCCCACUCACGAAUUGCCAUUCAAGUUACAUGUGGUCAAAAAGCCGAUCUUUCCUUUCCGUUAUUACAUCGCUUUAAUUGCUUGCCUCUCAUCGGCCGUUAUGUAUGCCGCCCGAGCCAAUCUGAGUGUAGCCAUGAUUAGUAUGUUGGACAAGGAGCCAUCAGGAAAUGUUAACAAGAUUUCAUUUGAUUGGAGUCAAGGUGCUCAAGGAAUUAUUUUGGGAUCUUAUUAUUAUGGAUUCGCUGGUUUUCAAAUAAUUUUAGGUUAUCUUGCUGAUCGUUAUAAUGUAGUUCAUUUAAAUAUAAUUGCUCAUCUAAUUGCUGCAGUUUGUACCUUGUUAACACCUUUAUUAAGUUAUCAUGGACCAGUGGCUAUUUCAAUUGUCCGAGUUAUCAUUGGAAUCGCUCAUGCACCAAUGUUAUCAUCACUUUACGUCCUAUUCAGUAAAUGGUUUUCGCCUGAGGAAAUUUCAAUUCCUAUUUGUUUGAUGAUCGUUGGAUCAAAUUUAGGUACUGCAGCAAUUAUGCCAAUUACCGCUUGGUUCUGUAAGCAAACACUAAUUGGUGGAUGGCCAUUAGCCUUUUAUUUCACCGGAGCAAUUAACUUAAUUAUCCCAUUACUUUGGUACUUUAUUGUUACACCAACUCCUUGUACCAAUAAGCACAUUUCCGAGUACGAAAAGUUUUACCUCGAACAAGCUAAUGCUCAUAUUGAUGAUCCAAAGGUUAAAGUUGAUUGGAAAUCGGUUCUUACUUCACCAGUUCUUUGGGCUGUUACUUUAGCUAAAGCAGGAACCGGAUUCGGUUACAUGAUUGUUAACACCAAGAUUCCUGCUUACAUGGAGAGUCAAUUGGGAAUGGAUUUAAAUGAGAAUGGAUCACUUAAUGGACUACUUUAUAUUGCUCUUUGUGUAUCUCAACUGUCUUCUGGUCCAAUUACCAAAUUUCUGAUGAAAAGAAAUUACCUCUCUCGAACCAGGACUCGAAAAGUUUGUGAAUCCAUAGCUCUCUUGGUACCUUCAGCAGCUCUUGUAGUUAUUGCUAAAGUCCCAUUGGACCCUUCAUUUAUCAAACUCCUUUUAAUCGUAUCCAUGUUUGCUUUUGGUGGAAAUGCCGGAGGCGAUAUGCCAAUCGUAUCUGAAAUAGCUCCUGAUAUAUCGGGAACCAUUUUCGGUAUUACAAAUACAAUUGGUUCAGCGACAGGUUUCAUAGCUCCAAUGAUUGUUGGUUUCGUUUUGAAAGACGGGGACACUCAAGCGGGUUGGUCGACAAUCUUUUACAUAACAGCAGCUUUUAUGACCUUCACGGCAAUAGUAUUUAUAUUUUUAUCGACAACUGAACCACAAACAUGGGGAAUGUCACCAAGCCGAUCGAAAGAAAAUCUAACAGAAAAAGGCCAAUAUAUGAACCCGUCAAUCCAUCCAGUUAGAAGGAAGAUUUCUCAUCCAAUCUUUUCCGCUCAAAUAUCUAGUCUUUAAAACUCACUCUCAAAAUCUUCUUCUUGAUCUUCGACUUGAUCCUCAUUCCCAAUGUCACAAAAAAAAGUCUCCAAUUCAAACAAUAUCAUCCAAAUAGCUGCAAUUUUCCGAUAACAAUUUACCUUUAUCAUGAUCAUUGAUGGUGACAACAAAGUAACCAGUCAAUCAAAUUGUUAUUAUCAAGCAAUAUUGACAAAAGAGGAGAAAAAAGAAAACAUUUCUACUCCCAAGUUUCCAAUUCCAUUCCCUGUAAACAUUUUCUUCCUCAUCUAUAUUUAUAUUUAUUGCUUUUUAUUCCCAAUCUCUGAAAUCUACUUUUCAUCUUAUAACUUUUUCAUUCACCAAAUCCAAGAAAGGUGUGGUCAUUACAUUGGAUUAUCAUCAUCAUCAUCAUCAUCAUCUCAACUAUUCCAUCAGAACCGGGCCUUGGUUUUAAAUUUUCUCAUGAGCAUCAUCAUCAACUCCACCUUUCCAUCAUCUUCAUCAUCUUCAUCAUGAUCACCAAUAGUUUUAAAUAGCUGACAAAGUGAAAACAUUCAAAUCUUUGAUACUCACAGCAUUUAAAUAUCAUUACCUUUGUAUCAAAAAUUAAAAAUAAAAAACUAUUAAUAUAACUAA